AUGGCACCAGAUCGUGUACCACCAAAAAUAAUUGCCAUGAUCAAUACAUACUACUGCUCCACCAUUGCACUGGAUCUUGUCCAUAAGAACCUUUCAGAACCGUUCACUAUUCGGCCUGGUGGUUUUGACACAUUCGCCGUCGUCCACCUCACAAAUUUUGCUACGCUACCCUCGAUUUGCCGUCGCGGCACACCUGGAGGCGUCGAAGAGGAGGGCAACUGA